AUGCGCGCGUAUUUCACUGUCGAAGCGAUUUGUUUUUUCUUUUUAUUAUUAACAUUCCCUGAACAUGAAAGUCUUCAUUUGUAUAAAUGUAAGCAGUCUAUCUAUCUAUCUAUCUAUCUAUCUAUCACAAUACAAAUUGUGUUUCGGCAAACCAGAGAAGUCUAUCUAUCUAUCUAUCUAUCUAUCUAUCUAUCUAUCUAUCUAUCUAUCUAUCUAUCUAUCACAAUACAAAUUGUGUUUUUGAAAGAAGAGAAAUCUAUCUAUCUAUCUAUCUAUCUAUCUAUCAUUCAAUACAAAUUUUCUUUUGGACAUGACAUUUUUUCAUAUUUUAAGUAUCUAUCUAUCUAUCUAUCUAUCUAUCUAUCUAUCUAUCUAUAUCUAUCUAUCUAUCAAUAUCACAAAUCAUGUUUCAACAAACCAGAGAAGUCUAUCUAUCUAUCUAUCUAUAAUCCAUCUAUCUAUCCCAAAUAUCUAUCAUAUUGUAGAAGUCUAUCUAUCUUUGUCUAUCUAUCUAUCUAUCAUUUAAUACAAAUUGUGUUUUUUUCAUCACACCUAUCAAAAAGUCUAUCUAUCUAUUAUAUCUAUCUAUCUAUCUAUCUAUCUAUCUAUCUAUCUAUCAAAAUACAAAUUAUGUUUCGGCAAACCAGAGAAGUCUAUCUAUCUAUCUAUCUAUCUAUCUAUCUAUCUAUCUAUCUAUCUAUCUAUCACAAUACAAAUUGUGUUUUGGCAAACCAGAAAAUCUAUCUAUCUAUCUAUCUAUCUAUCUAUUCUAUCUAUCUAUCUAUAUUUACAAAUUGUGUUUAUCACAAAAGAUUUAAAAAGAGAUCUUUAUCUAUCUUUUUUUACAAAUUCUAUUUAUCUAUCUAUCUAUCUAUCUAUCUAUCUAUCUAUCUAUCUAUCUAUCACAAUACAAAUUGUGUUUUAAACACCAGAGAAAUCUAUCUAUCUAUCUAUCUAUCUAUCUAUCUAUCUAUUAUCUAUCUAUCACAAUACAAAUUAUGUUUCAGGCAAACCAGAGAAAUCUAUCUAUCUAUCUAUCUAUCUAUCUAUCUAUCUAUCUCAGUCUGUUCAUAUAUCUAUCUAUCUAUCUAUCUAUCUAUCUAUCUAUCUAUCUAUCUAUCUAUCUAUCACAAUACAAAUUGUGUUUUGGCACACCAGAAAAGUCUAUCUAUCUAUCUAUCUAUCUAUCUAUCUAUCUAUCUAUCUAUCUAUCACAAUACAAAUUAUGUUUCGGCAAACCAGAGAAGUCUAUCUAUCUAUCUAUCUAUCUAUCUAUCUAUCAUCAAUACAAAUUGUGUUUUUUGCACACUCAGAGAAGUCUAUCUAUCUAUCUAUCUAUCUAUCUAUCUAUCUAUCUAUCUAUCACAAUACAAAUUAUGUUUCGGCAAACCAGAGAAGUCUAUCUAUCUAUCUAUCUAUCUAUCUAUCUAUCUAUCUAUCUAUCUAUCUCAGUCUGUUCAUAUCUAUCUAUCUAUCUAUCUAUCUAUCUAUCACAAUACAAAUUGUGUUUCGGCAAACCAGAGAAGUCUAUCUAUCUAUCUAUCUAUCUAUCUAUCUAUCUAUCUAUCUAUCACAAUACAAAUUGUGUUUUGGCACACCAGAGAAGUCUAUCUAUCUAUCUAUCUAUCUAUCUAUCUAUCUAUCUUUCUAUCUAUCUAUCUAUCUAUCUAUCUAUCUAUCUCAGUCUGUUCAUAUCUAUCUAUCUAUCUAUCUAUCUAUCUAUCUAUCUAUCUAUCUAUCUAUCUAUCUAUCUAUCACAAUACAAAUUGUCUUUCGGCAAACCAGAGAAGUCUAUCUAUCUAUCUAUCUAUCUAUCUAUCUAUCUAUCUAUCUAUCUGUCUAUCUAUCACAAUACAAAUUGCUGAAUACAUUAAUGUAUCUAUCUAUCCAUCUAUCUAUUUCAGUCUGUUUAUAUCUAUCCAUCUAUCUAUCUUUCUGAGUCUGUUCAUAUCUAUCUAUCUAUCUAUCUAUCUAUCUAUCUAUCUAUCUGUGUUUGUUCAUAUCUAUUUAUCGCAGUACGGAUAUGUGUGUGGGUACCUCAGUGAAUAG